AUGUCGGAACCACCCAGUGGACAAUUUGCUAGCUCUCCUAAUGCCACGGAUGAUGGCAAUAUCCGUGGGGGCCUUGGUAGCUUGAACCGAUGGUCGCAGUCAACGACAUCUAGCAACUUUUCGCCGAAAUUUGUAAACCAUCGGCGCCAGGAGAGUGCCCAUAGGUUGCUUACUACAGAUAAUCAUAUCUCGCACAAGAAGAUUCCGAGCUUAGAAACUAACCCCCAGGGUCGUUUCCCAUAUCAAACCAGUGAAGAGGAUCAAGGUGCAUUUACAAGAAAUCAUACUUCGCAGUCAGCUACCGAGCAGAGCCGCAUGGAGAUGACAGUGCCAGACCGGGUGGAACUAAACGUGCUGCCGAACUCAUCCGCAAAUACGACAGGCCCAUCUUUGUUGCAGCCUGAGUUCUCACUUUUCGAGUCGGAGAUUGUACAGAAGGAGCCACGAUGGCAAAAAAAUUCACCGGAAAGGGAGCUUUUUGAGCAGGUGCCAGCUGACUAUCCCACCCACCAAACCUCCGACCACCCCUACAGCCAGAAUGAUAAACGGCGACAAGGUCCCUCUCAGAAGGCCAUGCUCUCUAAAGCUCUGCAAAAGGCGAACACAGCUGUUCUUCUUGAUAACGCAGCGAAUUUUGAAGGUGCCAUGGAGGCGUAUAAUGAUGCAUGUCAACUUCUACAACUAGUGAUGCUUCGAAGCAAUGGAGGAGAAGAUGAGAAACUUAAGCUUCAAGAAAUUCGCGACACAUAUAUGAUCCGAGUUACCGAGCUCCAGCGUAUGGAUUUUUCGUUUCGGAAUAUCGACAGCAAGGCGCUCCCUGAACGCCCGCUGAGCCAAGAAUCGUAUGGUGACUAUGUUCAAACUAUUCAGGGAGAUGAUCAUGGCUUUGCUUGUGGAGACCCCGGCUUCGUAGAACAGAAAUCACCCGCUACCCACAGGACAGUUUUGGAAGGGCCAGAGACAUUGGUUCAGGCACACAUUCCUCCAAGGCGCCAGUCAUUGCUCCCAUCAACUAUAGAAGAUGGCUUGCACAAUCAAAAUUUCUCGUCUAUUGACACGAGUCGGGCGAAUUCUGCACAGGCUAUACCCCAAGGACAGCCGUUUUCACAUAACCGUGAGAAUUCUGGCAUCGCCCCCGGCUUUUUGGGUGAAUCUAUUUUGGAAGAGAAUGAGCGUUCUCUUACGUCUCGGCUAUCGGAGCUAUCGGUUUUGAGCGCGCAAGCCCGAGAUAUGAAUGAGUCGACUUCGUGGCUGGACACUAUAGAUGAAUCUGGCGCUUCUUCAUCGCCGUCGACGCAUUCAAAAGCGUCAUCUGUAUACUUGCGCCGCAGAAGAAGCACUCGCAACAGCCAUGGUACGGAAGCUGAGUUUGAUGCUGCUCUUGACGCAGCGGUGGAAGCUGCAUAUGAUGAAGGGCUUGAACCAGCAAGCGGGUCGGAGGCGCAGGAAGAUAAUGACGAUGCUUUUGCGAACGCUCGUCGCAAUGUUGAAAUCGCAAAACAGAAAGUAAGGGAAGCCGAGCGAGAAGCUGAGGUGGCGAUGAUACGGGGACGGGAAUUGCGUCGAGCCCAGGAACAAGACAGCUGGGACAAUAUAAAUGACUCGGGGCUAGAUUAUCUUGACGAGGAAGCGGAAGAAGAGGAACGAUUGCUAGAAGAGAUGACUAGGGGCUAUGUCAUGGAUGAUUUUGAGUUUGACCUCCAAUCGAAGUCAGCACUUCCGCGUCAGUCUACUUCGGGCGGUCAUCCGAGGAACACUUGGGAGAGCCCUGCUACAAUUAAAACAAUAGCAACAGGUGGAACGCUACCGCCCCUUGUGGAGGAUGAUACACUUCCUUACGAGCAGAGUCCGACUCAGCAAGGGGAGCCAGAUCCCCCCCAGGCCUCGGCACAAUCGACUUCUAGAUCAACUCACGCACAAAGUGUACGUGCGCGAAGAAUGUCCGGCCAAACUACGGUUGAACUCAAGAUCGAGACCAGUGCUCGUUCAAGACCUGGAUCGAUAAAUCCCGAUAUCUCUCAAUCCUGGGACACGCUCUCAAGGGCCCCGGCACCAUCAGAAAAAGAAGAGGACUUGACGAACCUCGCCCUACAAUCAAACGGUAUCUUCGACACAAAUUCCUCGAUAGAUUCGACGGUGAACCAAACUAAGCGGGACGUAUCCACUGGGUCCGUCAACGAAGAGACAUCCUCCAAUUUGAACCUUGCUAGAGAAGUAACAAAGGUUGAGGAUGAUGACACCUAUGGAAAUUCCAAAAUGCUUUCACCGUCUCGCCGGCCGAUGGGUAAGGUGCCCUCCGCGCCAGAUAAUUUGGGUAGGCCGCAUCCAAGCACCUUGUCUUUUCGAUCAAGAAAUGUAUCAGUGCCAAAUCCAGACGUUUAUACCGAUUCCCCAGCCACACCCUCGAUGAACGCAUUCCCCACAUUGGAUUUCCAAAAGGGAAUUGCAACAGCUUCGAUAAAUGCUUUGCCAACACCAACUGCUACUAAUUUUGUCUCUAGCGGGCUGCCAAGCGACGGCCUCUAUCUGUUUGACAGCUACAUUCAUUCGCCAACCAGCCCUGGCUCUCCCAACCCGCUUGCUACUAAUUCACCUCUCCCGCUAGAGCCUUGUCCUGAGUCAUUUCUCUUACGUCCGUUCUGGCUCAUGCGGUGUAUAUACCAAACCAUAGCCCAUCCCCGCGGUGGAUACUUGUCGACGAAAUUAUUCAUUCCUCGUGAUGUUUGGCGUGUUAAAAAUGUUAAACUCAAAGGCGUCGAAGAAAAAAUUUCGAACUGUGACCUGCUAACGGCAGCAUUACUCAAGCUAUCCAAAGUUGAUAUGUACGACGCUGAUGCUGUUUUGGAAGAGAUGCAAACAUUUGAGAGUGUAUUAGAUCAGGUUCAAAUGUCAUUAUCUAAGAAGAUUGGGAGCGAAGUGGGUGUUCAGGGCGCCAUGCCCCUUUUCAAAGCAGCUCAAGCGCUCGACGAUGUCACAACUUUUGAUGCACCACCGCCAAGGGUGUCAAACGGACCAAGCAAAUCUUAUCUAAGCUCUUGGCGGAAGCUACGGUCUAAGAAUUCUGGAUUUGGUGCAGGCUCAAUGCCUAGCUCAAAGGAACCAAGCAAAGACCAUUUGACAAUAAGCUCACUUCCAAUGACUCCAAUACCGAAUGCUCAACAUGCCAGUCGAAAUAUAUCACAGGUGCAGUUCAACGGACCGAACGCGAACUACAUGAGUGCAUUGGCCCGACUUUGCGAUGCUGCUCAAGUUUUGGGUGAGUUAAAAUGUGCACCGUAUUUGCUAUUGGGGUUACUGACACAGUGUUAUUCUUUUUGCUAG